CCCGGCCCCCUUUUCCCUCCGUCCCUCCCUCCCUCCCUCCCUUUCGCUCCCAUUGUGCUGUGGAGACAAAAUGGCGGCGGGCGGCCGCGGGGCCGGGGACUCCAGAGCAGCGUGGUGCUGGUGCAAUCUUUUGGGUGCAAGGAUCUAAAUAGGCACGUUUCGAUCUCUCGGACAGCUGUUGGAAAGCAAAAAUGCGCCCGAUGCGGAUCUUUGUGAACGACGACCGGCACGUGAUGGCCAAACACUCGGCCGUGUACCCCACGCAGGAGGAGCUGGAGGCUGUGCAGAACAUGGUGUCCCACACUGAGAGGGCUCUCAAAGCUGUGUCUGACUGGAUUGAUGAGCAGGAGAAAGUCAGUGGGGAGCAGCCAGAGCCAGAGUCCAUGGAGACAGCGGCCGAGGAGGAGAACAAGGAAGGAGGGGAUCAGAAGGCCACGGAGCAGCUGACGAGGACCCUGCGUGGGGUGAUGCGUGUGGGGCUGGUGGCAAAAGGCCUUUUACUGAAGGGAGACUUGGACCUUGAGCUGGUUCUUUUGUGCAAAGACAAACCCACCACAGAUCUGCUGGAGAAAGUGGCCGACAAUCUCGGAGUCCAGCUCGCUGCCAUCACCGAGGACAAAUACGAAAUCAUCCAGUCGGUGGGUGACGCCGCCAUCGUCAUCAAGAACACGAAGGAGCCGCCCUUGUCCCUGACCAUCCACCUGACUUCUCCUGUAGUCAGAGAAGAGAUGGAGAAACAGUUAGCUGGAGAAACGCUAUCAGUCACCGACUCCCCGGACGUUCUGGACAGGCAGAAAUGCCUUGCUGCCUUGGCGUCACUGCGACACGCCAAGUGGUUCCAGGCCAGGGCUAACGGCCUGAAGUCGUGUGUCAUAGUGAUCCGAGUGCUGCGAGACCUGUGUACUCGGGUUCCUACCUGGGCUCCGCUCAGAGGAUGGCCCCUGGAGCUGCUGUGUGAGAAAUCCAUCGGCACUGCCAACAGACCGAUGGGCGCCGGCGAGGCGCUGAGGAGGGUCCUGGAGUGCCUGGCCUCAGGCAUCGUCAUGCCAGAUGGUUCUGGUAUUUAUGAUCCUUGUGAAAAAGAAGCCACUGAUGCUAUUGGGCAUCUAGACAGACAACAAAGGGAAGAUAUCACACAGAGUGCUCAGCACGCUCUCAGACUUGCUGCUUUUGGUCAGCUCCAUAAAGUCUUGGGGAUGGAUCCUCUGCCAUCCAAAAUGCCCAAGAAACCAAAGAACGAGAACCCCAUUGAUUAUACUGUCCAGAUCCCUCCCAGUACAACCUAUGCCGUCACCCCCAUGAAGCGUCCGAUGGAGGAGGAUGGGGAAGAGAAAUCUCCCAGCAAGAAGAAAAAGAAGAUUCAGAAAAAAGGUAUUGAGUUAACGAGAGAGGAAAAACUCGAACCUCCCCAGGCCAUGAAUGCCCUGAUGAAACUCAACCAGCUAAAACCUGGCCUCCAGUACAAACUGGUCUCUCAGACUGGGCCUGUCCACGCUCCCAUCUUCACCAUGUCUGUGGAGAUCGAUGGCAGCACCUUCGAGGCGUCGGGACCUUCCAAGAAGACGGCCAAGUUGCACGUGGCAGUGAAGGUGUUGCAAGACAUGGGCUUACCCACAGGGGUGGAAGGCAAAGAGUCUGGCAAAGGAGACGAAUCAGCAGAGGAAACAGAACAGAAACCCGUGGUGGUUGCUCCUCCUCCCGUCGUAGAAGCCGUGUCGACCCCCACUGCUGCGUCCCCUCCUUCAGAUCAAACCCCCGAGAAUGUGAAGCAACAGGGACCAAUUCUGACUAAACAUGGCAAGAACCCCGUGAUGGAGCUGAACGAGAAGCGGCGCGGGCUCAAGUACGAGCUCAUCUCCGAGACGGGCGGCAGCCACGACAAGCGCUUCGUCAUGGAGGUGGAGGUUGAUGGGCAGAAAUUCCAAGGAGCUGGCUCGAAUAAGAAGGUGGCAAAAGCCUACGCUGCCCUGGCUGCUCUGGAGAAGCUGUUCCCAGAUGCUCCUGUUGCCAUUGAGCAAAACAAGAAGAAGAGAGCCCCAGUGCCAGCCAGGGGAGGACCCAAGUUUGCAGUAAAACAGCACAACCCAGGGUUUGGCAUGGGGGGUCCCAUGCACAACGAGGUGCCCCCACCCCCCAACAUGCGCGGCCGGGGCCGGGGCGGCAACAUGCGCGGCCGGGGCAGGGGCAGAGGCGGCUUCGGCGGCAACCACGGCGGCUACAUGAACGCAGGCUCUGGCUAUGGCAGCUAUGGCUAUGGAGGGAACUCAGCCACAGCAGGCUACAGUGACUUUUUCACAGACUGCUCCGGCUAUCAUGAUUUUGGGGCUUCCUAGAUGAUCCAAAAAGCAUUGCACACCAAAAACAAACCCCCACCCCCCAAAAUAAACCCCCCAAAACCCCCCCAAGUCUUUCUUUUUUAACUCCAAUUCCCUCCCAACUCCACAAAGUGUUGGUGCCACGUCCCUCAGCUUCACUGGCCUCCUGCACCGUGGCUUUUCACCGCAGCUUUGGGCUCUCAAACCCUCUUUAAACCCUCCAGAACCUUUUUAAAGCACCGUGGGCAGGGUCAAAUGAUUCCAAUUUGCCUUUGAAACUCGGACCCAGUGUGGAGGAGGGAGGGGAAAUAAAGCCCUCAGCACUGCUCCAAGGAGAUUCCCACCAAACCAAGCAGCCUGCCUUCAUUUUUGCUUCUUAUGGAAAGCAUUUCUUAACCAAACUGGAGUGGUUUUUGGUCUCUUAACCUGCUGCUUUUUGUCCUCAAUUCCCAGUGUGUGGUUGGUUGGGUUUUGUACACUGUGUGUGUGUGUGAGCCUGUUAAUAAAUCCUGGGAAAGGCUUUUUGUUUCCUCCUCCUCCUCUGGAGCUCA